CGCCGUUGCUAUAAAUAUUGAGCCGUCCUUCUCUCCAAACGAAGAAAGCAACACCCCGAGAGAGAGAGAGAGAGAGAUGGGGAGCUCGAGAGGUGCUCUAAUGGCGGUCUCAAGGUGGUAGCUUUGUGGGAGAAUCGGAGCACACUUGACUGGUCUCUUCUGUCCCCGUUAUUAUUCCUGCCGAAAGCCUCUCGAUUCCGUGCUCUUUUGCUGUUUUUCUCCUCGAAGAAUUGCUGCUGCUUUUGAAUUUCUUCUCUCUUUUUUUUUUUUCCCUUGCUUCCAAUGCGUCCAGAAACACGGAGGCGAGAGACGACGAAUCCAUCUGGGUCAAUGCGUUUCCUUUGGUGUUCCCGUGCAUGAAUGCGAGCGAGAAAUGGGAAGGAAAGGGGGAGGAAUUAUUCCGAGCUCUUUCCUCUAUUCACGCCCCUGUUCCGCGUAUUCAGUUCUAGAAUGCCCUGAGUGCGGGGAAAGGAAUCGCUGCUCCCUUUCACUGUUGCUGUGAUAAUCGAUUCCUGAUUGAAGAAUCGCGUCAACCGUUGCCAGCAAUUGUUGAAUGUCUCCAAUUGUUCUUCUUGGUGUCUGAUUCGGCGGAAAAGGCCAAAAAGAUUCCAUCUUUUCCGCUUUCUUCUGUGCUCCCCUGUUCUGGCAUCGAAGAGAACAGCAGAUUUUGGGGGGGUUUUUCCCCUUUCUUUUCCUGAAUUUAAAGCGCUCGAGGUUGUCGAGGCCGAGAAGUCUGCGACCGGGACGCUAAGAUGAUCGGUCUCCUGCCGGAUUCCGACGGCGAGAUUGGUUCCGAAACCCUAAAUUCCAGCCAGAGCUCCAUGAGCAGCGGGAGCUGCGAUCGCCGCAGCAGCUUCUCCCGCCUCUCCUUCGACGCCGCCGCGGAGCCUGCGGCGGACUCGUCCGGCGGCGGCCACUGCCCCUGCUCGCCCCCCGGGCUGGCCUCGAAGCCCCACCGCUCGUCGGACCCGGCGUGGGCGGCGAUCCGGUCGCGGCGGGGCGGUGGGCUCCCGUCACGGCUCGGCCCCCGCGACUUCAAGCUGGUCCGCCGGAUCGGGAGUGGCGACAUCGGGACCGUCUAUCUCUGCCGGCUCCGAGAGGAACGGCAGUGCCCGGAGGCGUCGCCGGUGUGUUACGCGAUGAAGGUGGUGGACAAGCUGGCGCUUGUGAAGAAGAAGAAGCUGGAGAGAGCAGCGACGGAGAAGAGGAUUCUGAGGGUUCUCGACCACCCGUUCCUGCCGACUUUGUACGCCGACUUCGACGCGUCGCCGCAUUUCUCGUGCGUGGUGAUGGAGUACUGCAGCGGCGGCGAUCUCCACACCCUCCGCCACCGCCAGCCCGGGCUCCGCUUCUCCAUUAACGCCGCCAGGUUUUACGCCGCUGAAGUAUUGCUAGCUUUGGAGUACCUGCACAUGCUCGGCAUCGUCUACCGCGACCUCAAGCCGGAGAACAUCCUCAUCCGCUCCGACGGCCACAUCAUGCUCUCCGACUUCGACCUCUCCCUCCAGUCCACCUCCUCCCCCACCCUCGAGCCCGCCGCCGCCUCCGCCGACGCCUCCGACGGCGUCGCCGACCCCUCCUGCCUCCCCGACCGCCUGUUCCGCCCCCGAAAGCCGGCCCCCUCCCUCCCCUCCCGCCGGUUCGUCGCCGAGCCGGUCGCCGCCCGGUCCUGCUCCUUCGUCGGCACCCACGAGUACGUCGCCCCCGAGGUCGCCGCCGGCCGCUCCCACGGCAGCGCCGUCGACUGGUGGGCCUACGGCGUCCUCCUCUACGAGCUUCUCUACGGCCGGACCCCCUUCGCCGGGCCCUGCAACGACGCCACCCUCCGCAACAUCGUCAAGCAGCCCCUCGCCUUCCCCCCGGCUGGCUGCCCGGCCGACUCCGCCGCCCGGGACCUCAUCUCCGGUCUGCUCGUCAAGGACCCAGCCUCCCGGUUCGGUUCGAUACGCGGAGCCGCCGACGUCAAGACCCACCCCUUCUUCAAAGGCUUGAACCUGGCUCUCCUCCGUUCCUACCGCCCCCCGGUCAUCCCCAAUCUGACCCGGUCCAACUCCUGCCGCGAGCGCCAGAACCCGACCCGCGUCGACUACUUCUGACAUGAACCGAACCGGUCGCAUACUCCGGCUCACCUUUUCUUUCUCGUGGCAAAUCAUGGCCAACGCAGAGCUGCCACGUCCAGUUGUCACCAGGAGACAGGAGUUGGAAUUUUUCUCCUCUCUUUGUUUCCAUGCUCCCCGUCUCUGCGAAGUAGAAAAGUAUUCACGAACGAACUUAAUUAUUAAGCUUUGGAAUUGAUGUAAGGGGCCAUGCAUUGACUCAUGAGCAGGCCUUCUCCUUGGUCGUACAUAUAACUGCAAAUAUUUUGCCUUCUCUUC